UCCGAAGCCUUGUUCAAUGGUCUAAAUUGGUGGCCAUGUUGUACGCCAUCUUUGUGGAGUAUUUUUUCAGGAAAAGAGUGUCAUGAUUCGUUCGAAAUGCCGAAGGAUAAGCAUGAAAAUAAUGAUCUUCGAAGAAAUUAUACCCUAAUGAGUGCUGAGGAUGUAGCUAACGGCAAAAAGUCGAAAUGGACCGAACUGGAAAUUACGGCUCGAUCGAUUCGUAAUUUGAGCCCAACACUAUGGCAGCUGGAUUUUUUGACUGCGUUGUUUCUAAACGACAAUAAUCUUACAAAGAUUCCCCCGGAGAUCUCCAGGCUUGCUCAGCUCAAGCACCUGGAUUUGUCGUCGAAUAAACUGCGAAGUUUGCCCAGCGAACUUGGAGAUCUGGUCACAUUACGUGAGCUACUUCUAUGCAACAAUAAUCUGAGAGUUUUACCAAACGAACUAGGAAAACUUUUCCAGUUACAGACUCUUGGAUUGCAGGGAAAUCCCUUGCCCCAGGAUGUGUUAAGUGUAAAUGCAGAACAGAAUGGAACAGCAAAACUUCUGAGCUUUAUGCUGGACAAUUUAACUGGUAAGUAAGUUUAGACUAAGUGUAAACAUGGAAGGGAAAAGUCUGUGGUGUCAAUUCUAAAUUUAUCGUUGUCAGUAAAGGUUCGGUCCUUGAUCAUGUCCAUUAAGCAGCACUUCUCGUUUUAUACCCACUCUUAGACUGUUCUUUAAUGUUUGUCUUGAACUGUAUUGUUGAUGAGAUAGCACUGAAUUGUUUGCUUGCGAGCGACGUUUUUCUUUGUGUGUUUUGCACGAGGUUCUUUCGCAUAAAUUGAGUUCCGAGGCGUCGAAUAUAUGUCAUAUUGAUCAGUCUUAGCUAAGAAUUUAGCUCGGUCUUGCUUCUUUCCCGAUCAAUAUUUUACUUUACUUUAGUAACUCAACUACCUUGAUUUAAAACACAGAAGGAAUCCCUAGCAUAAUUUUGCAAUAAACUUGUUACUUAAUCGUCCCGAGAUCAUUUUGUAUUCAACGGCAGAAAGAAAAGUUCUUUCACCUCAACGAACAAUAACAGUUCAGACCGCCAUGUUUUAAGCUUAUUGGAACACAGUAUGUACUUCUAAACUACGGAUGAUUGCAUUAUGUAAAGCUGUAAGGUAAAUCAGUUGCUGACCCGAAAGAAUCAAAGGAUUUUCUUGUAUAAUUUGGAAGCGUGAUUCCACGGACCUACAGUCCGGAAGUGGAUUUGGUGCUAAUUCGAUUCCGCGAAGCUUAUUUUCGUUUUUGUUCGUUCAAGUCUGCUUUGAGGUAACCUUGCUUUUAAGUUCGUUUUGUUUAAUUCAAAACCUGGCUGAACGUUUGAUCUGAUGGCUCGGUGAUGAAGAAAAUCAAAGUGUUCCUCGAAAUUUGUGCAAAAAGUCUUUUGAAAAUAUCACUGCACGUAAUGACAAGCUGAAUUAAUUUGGAUUGGCAGGUUCUUGGAAAGUCACUUCGUUUGGGACAGACAAAUAUAAGAAAAAAUCGAAAAAUACAGUGUUCACAUUUUUGACAGCAGUAUGCCAAGUAAUCUAGUAUUCUUUCUUUUAUAUUUUAAGCUGAUAAAAUUUUUGCAACAGUCUACAAUAAUGAGAAAGAAGUCAACUUUAAAAUACCGUUAAUUUCAUUAUCGGCUUUGAAUAAAUAUUUUCGAUUUGGCGUUUCUUUUUCUUUGAAAUACUGUAUUUUUCUUUGGUGGUAUUGAGGGAAAUUGUAUUCUUUUUAAAACUGCUGCAUUGCCAAACAUUUUGAAGUUUUUAGACUGAGUUUUAAGCAAGAUUUAAACAGUCAGUGUGGCCAAUUAACACCUUGUUAUAGGGGAUUAUUAGUAAAUCAUUAUUUUUAAUAUUCGUUUUGUGUGUUUUUUUGUUCAGUGUCUUAUGCCAACACAGCUACAUGUAUAUGUCAUAGUAUGCGACUGCUAGCUUUCAAUGAAUAAUUAUUAUUGUUAUACAGUUAAAAAUAAUACAAAAAGGACUCAAAAUCUUUGUUCAAUCAAAAUUGUAGGAAAUUUUAGGAGCACAUAUAAAAUAACUUUUAGGAGGUGUGAAACUGGGAAAGUUUUUGUUUAUACCCAAAUGGACACUGUGAUUUCUCAGUAAAUGCACUUGAACAGUUUUGUCUGUCAGGUUCCAGUUGUUCAGAGUGUGGAUAAUACUAUCCACCAGAUAAAUUACAAUCCUGUGGAUUGAGUAGUUGAGUAGGGUGCUUUGUAGACACUUAUCCAUCGGAUAGCAAUUUAUCUGGCCCCAGUUGUUCGAAAGGUAGAUAAUGCUAUCCACAAUAGUGGAUAAAUGUUGACCAAACAAACUGCACUAUCCUCUGGAUAGUGAUUUAUCUGGUGGAUAGUGUUAUCCACCUUUUGAACGACCUGGGCCUGGCGGAUAACAUAUUCUCCACACUUUGGACAAGUUGGCCUAGGAUGCAAUCAUUUUCUUCAAAAACCAAAAACUUGCCUACAAAGUUACGAUUUGAUGGAAAUAAAGACUUCACAGGUUGUUUCCAUGCAAUAUUGCAGUCCCAGUACAUACUCUUUUUGAGAAGAAAUUAAGGUACAUGUAGGAAGAAUGAUUGUGAUCCUUAUAAUGUGAUGCAGCUAAAAGAGUUAGGACUUGGGAGAGUUUAAGAAAGCUAUCUUAGUCUCAUAUCUUGCAGUUUGGCUCAUUUUCUGGGGAGGGGAACUUCCAGUCAAAUGACCUCUUUUAGAGUUCUUCCAGGACCCUAACUUAAAAAAUAUCUCACAGAUAUUUGAGGUAUUGGUACACGAACCUCUAAUUAUAGGGUGUAAGUGAAUUCAAGCCACAACAGACACAGCAAGAGUCUUGUAUCUUUUAGGGGUUCAUUAGAAAGCUUUUAAGGAACACUACCACUUUAUAGGAACCCCUAUCUCAAGGGAAGAUUCCUCAAAAUUGAAUAUUGCAAUAAUGUUAAUUUUGAUCUCUUAUUUACCUCUUUGGUGUAAUAUAUCUUUGUACCUGACUUGCAUUAUAAAAAAGGAAGGUUUCCUUCAGUGUUAAGAUAAUCUUAGGCACUGUAUAUUACAGUACUACUUAACAAAUUAUUAUUCAACAAGUGCGCAUUGGAUAUAAGCUGGCUAUAACCAUCUCAGAUCCAACAAGCACAAGUGGAUUGUUUUAUUACAAAUGCCCCCAAAAUGUAGAAAACUAAAAUAAAGUAAAAGUAAAA